GUGUAUGCUGUAACUGCAUUACGAGGAAUUAAAUAGUGUGGAUUAUUUGGAUGGACCAAUCGUAAGAUCGCAUUUCCACAUCAUGGUGCGUGUAUGGACGUCGCCGCUGGUCCAAGGCCUGGCGUUAGCGCGUCGCCGCUACUACGCCCACGCACGAUACCUCAUUCCUCGUGUGCAUGACGUGCAUGUCCACCAUCGCAUCUUCAGCACUUCCAGCGACCACCGUCCGCCUCAGUUGCACUCCGAGCCAAAUCCGUUUGCACUGGAGAAGCACACGUGGGCUGAAAAGCACGCGCCGAAGUGGAUGGUGCCAUACAUUCAACUGUCGCGCAUCAAUCGACCUGCAGGUAUCCAUUCGAUACUCUUUAUAUCACCACUGACUGCUCGUUAUGGUGUUGUGCAGGCACGUACAUGCUUCUAUGGCCGUGCUUCUGGAGCACCGCGUUGGCCGCGCCGGUAGGAGCGUUGCCAGACCCGACGCUCCUCGCGCUCUUCGCCACGGGAAGCCUCAUCAUGCGCAGUGCCGGAUGCACGAUCAACGACAUGUGGGAUAAGGACUUUGACAAGCAAGUGGAGCGGACGAACCAGCGCCCGCUCGCGUCCGGCGCGCUCACGUACCGUCAAGCAUGGACGUUUCUGGGGGUGCAAUUGUCUGCGGGCUUGGCAGUGUUAUUGCAGUUGAACCCAUAUUCGAUUGGCUUGGGCGCGACAUCACUUGGGUUUGUUGUUGCGUAUCCGUAUAUGAAGCGCAUCACAUAUUGGCCGCAAGCGAUGCUAGGCCUCACGUUCAACUACGGUGCGUUGGUGGGAUGGGCAGCCGUGCACGGGAGCUGCGCGUGGUCGGUCGUGUUGCCACUUUACGCGGCGGGAGUUUCUUGGACGUUGGUGUACGACACACUGUAUGCGCACCAAGACAAGGUGGACGACAAGCGCGUGGGGAUCAAGUCGACAGCUUUGUUGUUUGGGGAUCAUACCCAGCCCAUCUUGAACGGAUUUGCCGCCGCGGCCGUCGCAGGUCUAGCGUCGGCGGGGUACAUGGCGGACCUAAGCGCUCCAUUUUACAUGGGUCUGGGUCUGUCGGGGCUGCAGCUGGCGUGGCAGGUCAACACGGCCAAGCUAGAUGACCCUGUGAACCUGCAGCAUCGAUUUGGGUCCAACAAGUGGUUUGGUGCGAUAGUGUUUGCGAGCAUCGUCGCAGGCAAAGUGCUGUGAUAGAGUUAACGUGACUUGUGGGUAUUUUACGACAUACGAUUGUGUUGGACGAC